AUGCCUGCUAAUAACAAGAAAUCAUCUACUCGACCACAUCAAAGGCAACAACAAAUGCAACAAGUCAGCACAUCUGUACGUACUUAUUAUGAAGUCGAUCGUGAUGAUCAUGGUCAAUAUAUUCUACCUGUGGAGAUUGAUUCCUGGACGGUGGUGAAUUUAGGUACCGUUGUAUAUGAUCGUCCUGCUUAUCAUAAUCAACGUUAUGUUUAUCCUGUCAAUUACACUGUCAGAAAAUGGUAUCGAAGUAUGGUGGAUGCAAAAAGUGAUACUCAAUAUACUUGUCGUAUCUUGGAUAAUGGUCGUGAACCUAAGUUUGAAGUGACUGCAGAUGAUUGUCCAAUGACCUAUUCUGGACCUACUCCUACCACCGUUUGGACCAUCAUUGUCAGACGUGCAUUUGCUAUACGAAAUCAAGAAUAUGGUCAUAAUCCUGUGGGUCCCGACUUUUUCGGUCUUCGCAAGAAUACUAUUGCCAAGAUGAUUCAAGAUUUACCUAACGUUGAAAAAUGUUCUCAAUAUGUAUGGCAAACAUUUGAACCAGCAAGAUUCAAUAAACCUGGUAGAAAUCGACGUCGAUUGGAUACUAUGAUCUCUGGUUCUAUUCUCGGUGGAGUGAACUAUAGUUUGACGAGUGGUCGAUUGAAUACUGUAGCAAGUCAUCAACAACAUCAAUUACAAAUUCAACAACGUCGAUUAUCUUCUGCUAUGGGUAUCACAGGAACUAUUGAAGCCAAUCAAACAACUACUACUUCUUCUUCCUCAUCAUUAUCACCAUCAUCUUCACCAUUAUCAUCCUCCUCCUGCUCACCACCUCCUCAAUCAUCCUCCGUUACUGAAACAAAUAAUAGUAAUAAUAGUAAUAGUGGUACAGAUAGACAAUCAUCCAUUCAUUCUCAUCAUCACACUCAUCAUCAUCAUCGAUCAUCUUCAUCUUAUCUACAAUCACCUUCUUCCUAUCAUCCUCCUGCCCCUAUCGAAACCAUAUGA